CCACUAGCGGGUGGCCGCCUCUGGGCUCCAGGCUGAGAUGCUGGAGUCCGCUCCCAGGGAGGCGCGGACGUACUUGCCACCGGAGGCUGAGCGGACCAGAGCGCACCCUCCGGGAGCCGCCGGCGCCUCCCCGCGGCCCGGGACGCACGUGCCUGGGCCAGGGCCAAGGCCAGUGGCCACUCCGUAGUAGGCGGGGCGGGUGGGAGCGCCUGGCUUCGGGCCGCGGCCGCCGCCCGCCCGCCCGCCGGCUCCGGUGGUUGGGUGGAGGAAGCGCGGGACUCCUCCUCCCCGCCGUAUUAACAUGCACCCAGGGGCGGGUGACCAGCCCAGCCUCGCCGCCCCUGCCCGCUGCUGCGUCCCGGCGCUCAGCCUCCGCGCCAGAGGCGAGCGUUGCGCUCCGGGCGCCGCAAUCCCGAGGACGCGGCCUCGCAGACACCUUCCGCCGGCGGGGAGCCGUAGGACCGCCGGUGCGAGCGGCCGCAGCCUCCUUGGCGCCCGGCUAGGCUCCUUCCCUUCACCUCGCUGAGAGGCGUCCCCGGGGCCGCGGGGCCACCGCUCUGGCCCUCGCUCCGAGGCUCGUGGGACGGACGGACGGACAGACAGACGGACGCCACCAGCGAGUUCUAGACUGCGGGCAGCGGCAAGGUUAGAUUCUGUCCUCUUCAUGGCAUCAAAAGGCAGAAUCUAGACUUCAAGCUGUGAGCAUUGGAAGUAGCCAAGGAGAAUUAUGAAUGGUCCCUGAAGAGGUGUUUACCAACCCAAGGUUUCUCUGUCUACUCUCUGAAGCCCAACAGAAGGUCUGAGAAAACUGUGAGUGUACAAUUGGGCCACUUCUAGUGAGGACAACACAUACCUUUUCCUGGGACAGUUUCUUCAAAAGACCAGCACACAUCUAGUUUGCUCAGAUAUAACCCCAAAUUAACAGAGUUCUUCUAGAGGGGACUUCAUUAGUCUCACCAAGACUGAGCAGUUGAACAUCACAUAUCAAGAGUGACAUCUGGUUAACAAUAUCAACAACAGCAGCCACCUGAAGCUUGGAUCUCCUGUGCUGGAGGCAGGAAAAAAUGGAAGAAUGAUCAUCAAAGGUUACAUCUGCUCUCGGAACCGCUGAAUGUCGCUUGAGGCCCUGGGUCGGCUUCUGAGAACUCCUGUUGAGUGACAAAGACACUAAGAACAGUCUUUGCCCAAGACGGGUCUGGAACUUAACGGGGUUCCCAUGACCCCUGCAAUUGCUUCCAGUCAGCAAUGAAAGGGUUAUCAGGUAGCCGCAGCCACCACCACGGGAUCACCUGUGAAUCGGCCUGUGACUCAUUGUCACACCACUCAGACCACAAGCCGUACCUGCUAAGCCCCGUGGACCACCACCCUGCGGACCAUCCCUACUACACCCAGCGGAAUUCCUUCCAGGCCGAGUGUGUGGGACCCUUCAGUGACCCGCUGGCCAGCAGCACCUUCCCACGAAGGCACUACACCUCGCAGCAGGAGCUGAAGGAGGAGAGUGCCCUGGUGCCACGCACACUGGCCACCAAGGCGAAUCGCAUCCCCGCCAACCUGCUGGAUCAGUUUGAAAGGCAGCUGCCCCUCAGCCGGGAUGGCUACCACACGCUACAGUACAAGCGCACCGCUGUGGAGCAUCGCAGCGACAGCCCCGGACGCAUCCGGCACCUGGUCCACUCAGUCCAGAAGCUCUUCACCAAAUCGCAUUCCCUGGAGGGGCCAUCCAAAGGCAGCGUCAAUGGGGGCAAAGCCAGCCCCGAUGAGUCGCAAACUGUGAGAUAUGGCAAGCGCAGCAAGAGCAAGGAGAGGCGUUCAGAGUCCAAGGCCAGAUCCAAUGCCUCCAAUGCCUCCCCCACUUCUCCCAGCUGGUGGAGCUCAGAUGACAACCUGGAUGGCGACAUGUGCCUCUACCACACGCCAUCGGGUGUGAUGACCAUGGGCAGGUGCCCUGACCGCUCUGCUUCGCAGUACUUCAUGGAAGCCUACAACACCAUCAGCGAGCAGGCGGUGAAGGCCUCCCGGAGUAACAAUGACAUCAAGUGCUCCACCUGUGCUAACCUGCCAGUCAGUCUGGAUGCCCCUCUUCUGAAGAAGAGUGCCUGGUCCUCCACUCUCACCGUGAGCAGAGCCCGAGAGGUUUACCAGAAAGCCUCGGUGAACAUGGAUCAGGCCAUGGUGAAGUCCGAGGCAUGUCAGCAAGAGCGGUCCUGCCAGUACCUACAGGUUCCCCAAGAUGAAUGGACAGGGUACACACCUCGUGGGAAAGAUGAUGAGAUUCCAUGCCGAAGGAUGCGCAGCGGCAGCUACAUCAAGGCCAUGGGUGAUGAGGACAGCGGGGACUCAGACACCAGUCCCAAGCCUUCUCCCAAGGUGGCUGCAAGAAGAGAAAGCUAUCUCAAGGCUACUCAACCCUCCCUCACAGAGCUCACCACACUCAAGAUCUCCAAUGAACACUCACCCAAACUCCAGAUCCGGAGUCACAGUUACCUGAGGGCAGUAAGUGAAGUCUCCAUCAACAGAAGCCUAGACAGCCUUGACCCUGCAGGCUUGCUCACAUCACCAAAGUUCCGCUCCAGAAACGAGAGCUACAUGCGAGCCAUGAGCACCAUAAGCCAGGUGAGCGAGAUGGAGGUGAACGGACAGUUCGAAUCCGUGUGUGAGUCAGUGUUCAGCGAGCUGGAGUCGCAGGCGGUGGAAGCUCUGGACCUGCCCAUGCCUGGCUGCUUCCGCAUGCGGAGCCACAGCUACGUGCGGGCCAUCGAGAAGGGCUGCUCCCAGGAUGAUGAGUGCGUGUCGCUAAGGUCGUCCUCCCCUCCACGCACCACCACCACGGUGAGGACCAUCCAGAGCAGCACCGGUGUCAUAAAACUGAGUUCUGCUGUUGAAGUGUCAUCUUGCAUUACAACAUAUAAGAAGACACCACCUCCAGUCCCACCCAGAACUACCACGAAACCUUUCAUUUCUAUCACAGCCCAGAGCAGCACAGAGUCUGCGCAGGAUGCCUACAUGGAUGGACAAGGCCAGCGUGGAGACAUGAUCAGCCAGUCUGGCCUCAGCAACUCCACCGAAAGUCUGGACAGUAUGAAGGCUCUGACAGCUGCCAUUGAGGCCGCAAAUGCCCAGAUCCACGGCCCAGCAAGUCAACACAUGGGCAAUAAUGCUGCUGUCACCACCACCACCACAAUAACCACCGUCACCACCGAGGACAGGAAGAAAGAUUUUAAGAAAAACCGAUGCCUGUCUAUUGGGAUACAGGUGGAUGAUGCUGAAGAGCCGGAGAAAACAGGGGAGAAUAAGGCGCCCAGUAAGUUCCAGUCCGUGGGAGUCCAAGUGGAGGAAGAGAAGUGCUUCCGCAGGUUUACUCGAUCUAACAGUGUGACCACGGCAGUGCAGGCUGACCUGGACUUCCAUGAUAAUCUGGAAAAUUCUCUGGAAUCCAUAGAGGACAAUUCAUGUCCUGGCCCGAUGGUCAGACAGUUCUCCCGGGAUGCCAGCACAUCCACCGUCAGCAUCCAGGGUUCAGGAAACCAUUACCAUGCCUGCGCAGCCGACGAUGACUUUGACACGGAUUUUGACCCCUCCAUCCUGCCUCCUCCGGACCCCUGGAUUGACUCUAUCACAGAAGACCCUCUGGAGGCUGUUCAAAGGUCUGUGUACCACCGGGAUGGCCACUGGUUCCUGAAGCUUCUCCAGGCAGAGAGAGACCGCAUGGAAGGCUGGUGCCAGCAGAUGGAGAGAGAAGAGCGGGAAAACAACCUCCCCGAGGACAUUCUAGGGAAAAUCCGAACCGCGGUGGGCAGCGCCCAGCUUCUCAUGGCGCAGAAAUUCUACCAGUUCAGAGAACUGUGUGAAGAGAACCUGAAUCCCAAUGCUCAUCCAAGACCCACUUCCCAGGAUUUGGCGGGGUUUUGGGACAUGCUGCAGUUGUCCAUAGAAAAUAUUAGUAUGAAAUUUGAUGAACUUCAUCAGUUAAAGGCCAAUAAUUGGAAACAGAUGGAUCCUCUUGACAAGAAGGAGCGAAGGGCCCCUCCUCCAGUGCCAAAGAAGCCGGCGAAGGGCCCCGCGCCGCUGAUCCGGGAGCGCUCGCUGGAGAGCUCACAGCGCCAGGAGGCCCGCAAGCGCCUGAUGGCCGCCAAGCGCGCCGCGUCGGUCCGCCAGAACUCGGCCACCGAGAGCGCGGAGAGCAUCGAGAUCUACAUCCCCGAGGCGCAGACCCGGCUCUGAGCGCCGCCCGCCGCCGCCGAGGACCGUCCCGCCGCCCUCCCCUCGGCCUCCUCCCCGUCCCCUCCGUCUCUGAGCUCAGUGACCGCCACCGUCGUCGUGGCCCUAGUUGUCCACCUCGCAGGAGCCGUCCCCAAGCCGCCCCACCCGCUUCCUGGACCACUUUGCCCAUCUUCUCCACCGAGCUUCGCUCCCCUGUCCUGAAGCCUCGUGCAGACAUCCAAACCCUUUCUUUUCUGGGACAAACAAACCCACCUGUGUAGAAAAGACACCUGUAGGUCACUCACCCUCCUCAGUUCUUUCAAGCUAGUGUGUCCCUAGAACUCAGCAAUAUAAAACCAUAGGGUAUUUCAGAAACCCAGUAUCACACAGGGUGAUCCUUUGAGACUUAACCGUCUUCCACGUGAAAGAAAAGAGGGCUCUGAUUCCCUUUAUUUGCCCCCAAACGGUUAUUUUUACAAGCAGACAGAGCGCUUUAUUUCUAAUCUCAGAAAUCACACCAUCUCUCAUCGGAAUCAGUGGUGACCAAGAGAGGGGGACCAAGCUGGCCUGGGGUGGGGGCCUGGGUGUGUAGGAGAGCAGGGCAAAGUGUGCAGGUACCCUGCGUCUGUACCUUCGCAGCUGUACAAACUGCCUCACCGGUACUCCAUCAAUCACAGCUUCCAAUGUUUCAAUCAGCAGAAGAUUGUAAAUUCGCUCUUUCAGGGAAAUUAAUCUAUUCUGAAAGGCAAUAAAAUGAGGAAAGUUAAGGCAAAGGAAACUCCGAUGGUUUAAGAUCCUAUAUAAGGAAUCUAUUUAUUUAUCUUAUUAUUAAGAAAAUUUAGACCUGAAAUGUUUUAUCAACUUUUCUUGUACUCUGUGUAUUAUAAUGUCAUGGCAGUGGUUUUUAAAUGGGGGGAGGGGAGGUUGGCUCUGUUAAUUUAGUGUCCAUUCGGGUGGGCCCACUUAAGAUUACACACACACACACACACACACACACACACACACACGAACACUUCUGCUUCUCAAAGACCGCAAGGCCAUUUCCAGAGAAGAGUUCCAGUUCUCUGCCACCCCUUUGAAUGCUACACAUCUGUCUAGUUUCGCCCAGCACGUCACAUUUCAGGGGUCUCCUCUCCCUCCAAAACAGGGUUCACGUGUCCCCCAGCACAGAAUUUUUGUCCUAUAUCAAAUGAAUGAAAUGAAAGGUUUUCUACCCUAGUUGACAUGCUGCCUCAUCCCAAAGAGCUGUCAUUAUGAUCCUGAAGUUCCAAGUGGAGAGAGAAGUCAUUCGAUCCUCGGGGGCCAAGAGCUAUGCGGAGCGAGGAAAGUGGGCAUCCAUAAACGCCGAUAGAAACCCAGGCGGUUGGUUGGACUCCAGGCUGUCUUUGGCUCUAGUUUGGUCAUGGUCGGUGGGCUGUGUGCGCUGGCAUCCUGCUGAAGUCUUCAAAUGCCCUUACGCGUAGCAGUUUAAACAUUCAGAUUGCGGCAGUCUGAAAGGGUCAGCCAUGUAGUAUGUCAAGCUUGCAACCUAAAGAAUGAGAAAUGUGCCAUCGAAAAAUGAAAGUCUUCUAAAAAAAUGCUUGCACCAGAGAUGCUUAAAACAAAACAAAACAAAAAACAAAUACACUCUCAUAGCCAGGUGCUAAUUUAAUUUUCUUUACAAAAUUAAGAGAAGUGAUGGGUUCUGGCAACCAAUAUUUUCAGACGCAUUCUAAAACCACUAGAGAAUUCGCUACCUCUCAGAGCCGUUGAUGCUCUGAGCUACCUUUAACAACAGGGCACAAAUGUUUACUGCUGUGGUUUACAAGAAAAGGGCUACUAACUUAUUUAAAAAAACAAAACAAAAAACAAAAACCAACUUUUAACUAGGGCAGACAAAGUCAGUGCUUUCACAAACUGGAGCAGAGAUUUUUGAGCUUCAAGUAUUUGCUAGUUUCAAAAAAGACACGCUUUUUCUUUACAAUGGAGCAGCAAUUAAAUGUCAUGUGAUGUGUGCAGGAGUAAGGCCAACUGUCACCUUGGGUAGCCCAUGGUCACAUUCAUCCAAGAAAGACAUGGACUUCACAGGAAGCAGCGUCCAUGCUAACCCCAACUCUCACAGCUACACCUCCAUGCCCUGAGGGAGAGGUCAUUUCUAACAGGAGUCCAGAUUCUCCGACAAUGUUUUCUUUGGAAACUGAUUUAGCCCAGGCUAGUUUAAAGAGGGAUAAGAGAAGGCCUCUGCAUCUUGUCUAAGGGAAUGGCAUUUGUAUAUUCAUAAGCUAUUUUUGGUAAGAAUUUUAAAUCUUUUAGCUGAACGCCUGCAGGGCAUCACAACCUUUGCCUUCCUGAGAAACACAGUUUAAACUGUAUAAACACUUUAUAAAAAACGCUAAUUAUUGGUGUUAGGACAUGACCCCCACACAAUACAGCUUCUUAUCCACUGGAACCCGGAACUAACAUCCGUGAGCAUAACCUUUGUUGCAUUAUUCUUUUUGAUGUAAUUUGUAGAGAUGUUUUUUUAGUUCAUAAUGAACAGUGUAUGUACCCUGAAAAAUUACUUAUUUUGUUUAACUUUGGUAUAAAGGUGUUGGGCAUUUUCUUGGGGUGGGGGAGGGGGGUUACAAAAGAAAUUUGUCUCCCUCAUCAAAAACAAAAACAAAAAAAAGAUACGUUCAAAGAAAUUAAGUAUUAUAUUUUUUGCAGAUGUUUCCAUACAAUUCACAUAACCUUUUUGUAAAGAGAGAUGAAGAAAUGGAUUAAAGAUUUUUAAUAUUUGAAAUGGUAAAUAGAGCUAAUUUAUUUAUAAUAUAUUUCUGUUAUUUAUAGAUGUUCCCUUAAUGUUUUACUGUGCAGUACUUGCUUUAAUUUAAGCCUUAUCCUUGUGAAUUUACCAUUUCUUUUUUAAGAACAUGUCUAGAUGCAUAUUUUAAAUAACUGGAAUGUAAAUCAUUAGCAUAUCUGAAUUCCCUAAUGUAAUUUUUAAAAAUUAUUUUGGUUUGGGGAAAAAACAAAAGAUUCAUUUGAGAAAGCCUUCAGAUGGAGGGGUGGGGAAGAUUUUUAUGGCUUUCUGAAUUGGAAUUUCAUAGGCUUAUUUACCUAGAUUGUGUGUGGACAAAAAAAAAAAAAAAAAAAAAAAAAAAAAAAAAAAAAAAAAAAAAAAAAACCAACCUGUAAAUACAUGAAUGUUUCCCAUAAUGUAAAAAGAAGGAAUUAAUAAAAUAAUCAAUGCACUGCUUUCAGGCUUGU